UUUACUCCAACUGGUCACUCUGGUCGCCGUAUUGUUUAUGUAGUUUCUAUAGCCUAGCCGGACAAGAAUGCAAUGUGGCGAUAUCAGUUGCUGAUAAGCACUGGGACCCCGCAACUUACAACCUCCGACACAACCUUCGCCUGCGCCACCCGACGACGAUGACUGCCACCAAGAAGCGCCUCAAGAUCGUGGCUGCCGCCUCGCUGGGCCUCCUGCUCCUGGUCUACCUGUACCGGGCAAUCAGCGUUUCGGCGGGCGGAAUGUCGUCCAUUUCGAUUUCCGCCGGCGAUGAGGUACAGGCCCGCUGGCCGCCCACGGAGAGUCCGCUGCAGAGGAGCCUCCAAAUGGCCUACGAGGAGCAGAGUUCCCUGAUCCGGGAACAGAAAGCCGAACUGCUGCGUACCAGGGAACACCUGGCCCAGUUGGAGGAGCAGAUCCGUAGUCUGCAGACGAGCACACCUAGCAAGUACCGGAAGGUCAAGUACCUCAACUACAAGAACCGCAAGCGCAUCUUGAUCACCGGAGGAGCUGGCUUCGUGGGCUCCCAUUUGGUGGACGACCUGAUGGUUCAGGGUCACGAAGUCAUCGUGGUGGACAACUUCUUCACGGGACGCAAGCGCAAUGUGGAGCACUGGCUGGGGCACGAAAACUUCGAGCUCAUCCACCACGACAUCGUGAACCCGCUGUUCAUAGAGAUCGACGAGAUUUACCACCUGGCAUCGCCAGCCUCGCCCCCGCACUACAUGUACAAUCCGGUUAAGACCAUUAAGACCAACACCAUGGGCACCAUCAAUGUGCUGGGACUGGCCAAGCGAGUGAUGGCCAAAGUCCUGAUAGCCAGCACCUCGGAGGUUUACGGCGAUCCCACUGUGCACCCACAGCCGGAGACCUACUGGGGCCAUGUGAAUCCCAUCGGACCAAGGGCCUGCUACGACGAAGGAAAGCGCGUAUCCGAGACUCUGAGCUAUGCGUAUGCCAAGCAGGAAAAGGUGCAAGUGCGCGUGGCCCGCAUCUUUAACACUUAUGGACCCAGGAUGCACAUGAACGAUGGACGCGUGGUAUCCAACUUUAUACUCCAGGCGCUUAGAAAUGAAACCAUCACGGUGUAUGGGAAUGGCAAGCAAACCCGCUCCUUUCAGUACGUUUCGGAUCUGGUGGAUGGAAUGAUAGCCCUGAUGGGAUCCAACUACACGCAGCCGGUGAAUUUGGGCAAUCCGGUGGAGCAGACUAUCGGCGAGUUUGCCGAGAUCAUCAAGCAACUGGUCGGCGGACCCAGUGUGAUAAAGCAAACGAAGGCCAUGGAAGACGAUCCGCAGCGCAGAAAACCGGACAUCACUCGUGCCCGGCAGUAUCUCAACUGGGAGCCGAAGGUUCCCCUCGAGACUGGACUGCAGCGGACCAUCUCCUACUUUCGCAACGAACUAGCGCGCAGCGAUCGUUUCCAGGAGAGCUCCAACAAGUACUUCGAUACACCUUAGCAUUAAUUGGGUUUAGCUUUAGUUGGUGAUGAUGCAAAGUCUCUAGUCUGCAAAUGUAAAUAUGACCAUCGAUAGCACUAAUUGUAAGCCUUUAGGACCAAGCGAAAUCUUUAAGGUCAUGAGCAUGGUUCUUUUUGUGAAGUUUUGAGAUAUAUCUAACCAAUAGAUGUAGUGUUGUUAGGAAUUGGGAGACAACAUGUACAAAUGCGAUCAAAUUUAUAGCACUGAAGUUUGGGAAAAUCAUUUGAAUAUAUGACAAAUUCACAUUUAUUUGAAUCAACUAAAAUAACAUUAACUUUUCUGAAGACAUAAGUAGAGCCUUACGAGAAAACCCAAACAAAAAUGAAAAUUCCUUUAAAUUAUCAAAGAGUUUCUCACAAACUUAACAAGAGGAAAAGUUAUUGGGCUCUACAAACACUAGUAAUUAAAUUUAUUUAUUGUAUAAGAAUUAAAAGUGCUAUUUUCUUUGACCGCAAGUGUAACACAUAAACAACAAAAGCACUGGGAUAUAUGCAACUAACAAACAGUAUAAUCUUUUGUAUUCAAAUUACUAGAAAGUACUUUAAAGAGCCCGAAAGUUUCCACAUUUCAUCAAAACCAUUGAAAAUUGCAUUGAACAAAUUAUUGGAGAACUGUGACUCAUUUAGCCUUUAUCCAGUGUAAACACGCCCCGAUUCUAGGCUUAAGUAGGGUUUUGAUUUGCUGUAGUUGGUAGCCCAUAAAAAGAGGUUUUUCUCUGCGAACUAAUCUAA